AUGGAUUUCGCAUGGACCGGCUCUCAACUUCACCAAAGAAGAGGCGGCUCAGGAUUUCAGGAAAACCGACCCGAGACACCUGGGGGUCGGCCUGAGACACCUGGGAGUCGGCCUGAGACACCUGCGAAUCGACCUGGCAGCGGCGGCGGCGGAGGGAAGCACCUCGACUGUCACGUUGACGGCAAGAAAGUCCGCGUGGUGCAGUUCCCGUAUAAGCCGCUGCUGCCUCGCGACGGGUUCAGCUGGGUCAAGUACGGGCAGAAGAAACUUACGACGGGCGACAACAUGAUCAGGCUCUACUUCCAGUGCGGCCUGCGCACGUCACACGCCUGCCCUGCACGCCGCACAGUGGACUUGAGUUGCUGGGACCCCUCCGUGCCUCUUUGUCUCAACUACCACUCCACGCACAGCCACACGCCUCACUACCCUGCUGCCGGUGCUGGUGCUACUGCUACUAAUACCUCUCCUGCGCCUCUGCCGAAAGAUCGAUCAGUCAAAGACCGCUCAGUCCGAGCGAGGGGUUCUGCUCCUGUGACUGGUGCUGCUACUGCUGCUGCUGCUGCUGCUGGUGCCGCUGGUGCCGCUGGUGCUGCUGCAGUCGAUCGCAGUCCGUUGAGCAAGUGGGUGGCUGUCAAGGAGGAAGCAACGGAGACAAACGGGGGUGCUGGCAGAACGUUGCAGUGCCCGCCGUCGUGCCUGCCAGCUCUUGCUUCCACCCCAAUCAGCGGUGCCACGUGGAAGGAUACGUCCGUUCCCGCACCCUCCCGCCCUUCUUCCAAUGCAUGCUCCUCGUCCCCGCACGCUCCCACCUCGGCUGUGGCAGACUGGCGGGCGGCACUGGAAGCACUGCUUAAUGGAUCAACUCUUCCAGCUUCCGCUCCCACGCCUGCUCCUGCUUCCUCUGAUGAGCCUGCUCAUGCGCGGCUGAGUACGGUGCCUUCUUCUGGGAGUCGUGCGGCCGCUGCUGCUGCCCCCCUGCAGGCUCAGUUGCAGCCAUUGCCGGCCGACCUUUUUGCAGCGUUGGUGCUGCUGGUGCAGUCAGCACUGGCGGAAGGAGGGCUCGCGGCGGCAGAAGAAGCUGUUCCGACGGCUGAAGGCAUGCCAUGGCAGCAGCAGCAGCAGCAGCAUGAGCAGCAGCAGCAGCAGCAGCAGCAUGAGCAGCAGCAUGAGCAGCAGCAGCAGCAUGAGCAGCAGGAGGAGCUACCAGGCUUGGAAGACACAGACUGCCCCUUGUCAUCCGCUCCCCUGACACCAGCACUCUCGGAUCCUACAAACUGCCCUCAGCAGAGUUUUGGGACGUCGGAAAACACCAGCGACGCAGAAUUCUUUCAGGAGAUGAGCCCAGGUGGUGACGAUACUGCUGCUGAUGCUCUUGCUGCUGCUGCUGAAUCUCACCUGGUGAACUGGGAGGAGUCGGGUGAUGCUGGAGCCGAUCUGCUUGGGGAUUCACUCACGUGGCCCAGCGAUUCAUGGUCUGAUGCCAGUCAACUGCUCGCCUUGGAACAUUGCAUGAAUACUGCAGCGCGGAUUGAAGCGCCUUCUCUGUUCCCAUGCCAGGAUUCAUACGACUCUGUACAGGCUGAUUAUCGAGAGGUGACGGUGCUGCUGGGCCUCUCCGCCUUCUUCUCCAUGGCGGAAACCUCCAUCACCACGCUCUGGCCGUGGAAGGUGCGCGAGCUGGCGGAGAAGGAGAAGGAGGGAAGCGUGUUCCAGCUGCUGCGGCGGGACGUGACUCGCUUCCUCACCACCAUCCUCAUCGGCACCACCCUGGUGAACAUUUGGGCGACGGCUUUGGUCACGGACGCCGCUACAGCCCUCUUUGGGGAGGCAGGGGUCAGCGCCGCUACAGGCGUGAUGACGAUCCUGCUGCUGGUCUUUACAGAGAUCGCCCCCAAGUCCAUCGCCGUGCACAACGCCACACAAGUCGUCCGUGUCGUGCUGCGCCCAGUGGCGUGGCUGUCAGUUGUGCUCUACCCCGUGGGUCGGCUCUGCACCUAUGCCUCCACUGGCCUCUUCCGCCUCCUCGGCCUCAAAACCAGCGGGGAACCGUUCGUGACAGAGGAGGAGCUGAAGCUCAUGCUGAGGGGGGCGGAGAUGAGCGGCGCUAUUGAGGAGGAGGAGCAGGAUAUGAUAGAGAAUGUGCUCGAAAUUAAAGACACAUACGUGCGGGAGGUCAUGACCCCCCUCGUAGACGUGGUGGCGGUGGGCUCGUCUGCGUCGCUCAUGGAGCUGCGUGCGCUGUGGGUGCGCCACCAGUACUCACGCGUGCCUGUGUACGAGAGGAGGGUGGACAACAUUGUGGGGAUCGCGUAUGCCAUGGACAUGCUCGACUAUGUGGAGCAGCCGGAGUUGCUGCAUCGCUUGAGUGUAGGCAGGAUUGCGCACCGGCCAGCAUACUUCGUCCCUGACUCGAUGUCGGUGUGGAACCUUCUGAGAGAGUUCCGGAUCCGCAAAGUGCACAUGGCCAUCGUGCUGAACGAAUACGGCGGCACCGUGGGGCUGGUGACGCUAGAGGAUGCGGUGGAGGAGAUCGUUGGGGAGAUUUUCGACGAGAACGACUCCAAGGAGGAGAUUCGACGCAAGACGGGGUACAUCAUUCAGAGGGCGGAGGGCGUGUAUGAUGUGGAUGCCAACACCACCGUUGAUGACCUUGCUGAUAUCCUGCAAGUCGUGCUGCCGCCUAGAGCUUCUUUCUACGAGACAGCAGUAUCUGGUUUCGUGUGCGAGGCGUUCGGAUACAUCCCCCGCACGGGCGACACCAAGAUCAACAGGCUGUCCUUCCUGCCUUACACCUCUCUCCCUUCCUCCUUUCCAGAGAGGGCCUCCUUCUACGAAACGGUUUCGGGGUUCGUGUGCGAGGCGUUUGGGUACAUUCCCCGCACGGGCGACACCAAGAUAAUCAGGCUGCAGCGGAAGGAGAGCGAGGAGGAGGAGGAGGGCGAGGGGGCAGAGGAGGGAGGAGCGGGCGGAAAGGGAGGGAAGGGGCAGAGGGACGGCGGGGACAAGGGGGCGCGAAAGCAGCUGCUCCGGUUUCAACUUGAGAUUUUGUCUGGUAAUGCGAGGAAGGUGGUGGCAGUUCGAUUCGAAGAGCUGAAAGAGGCGGAAGGGGCCAGUGGGGGCGGCGUGAAGGGAAAGCUUGGGGCGGGGAAGGAAGAGGAGGAUAUAGAGAAGGAGACGGAGAGGAAGAGAGAGAAGGAUAGGGAGCGAGCGCUGGUAGAGGAGUGGGAGAGUGAGAAGAGGAGGGAGGGGAGGAGGAAGGAGAGGAUUAGCCAGAAAGUGAGGUCGAGGGGGUUGGGUGAAGUGGGGAGAGGGGAGGGGGAAGGGACGGGCGAGGGGGAGAGUAAGUGUGAGACGUGUGAGCAGAUGAAGCUGGGGAGGGGGAAAGCGGGGGGGAGGGGGGUGUUACUGGAUAGUGAGAGUGAGGGGGAGGAGGGGGAGGUGCUGAUGGGUGGAGAGUGGUUGACAAGUGGAGACGGGGAGGAGGGGGGGUAUUCUGAGGUUGUGUAUACAGACUCUGACAUGGGGGAGAGGGACGGUGUUGGGGAGAGUGGGAGCGAUAUGGGGAGUGGGACAGAGAUUGAGGGGGAAAGUGUGAGAAGAGGAGAGGGUGGUGAGUUUGAUGGUGUUGAGAGUGGUGGGGUUGGAGGAGAGGAGGAGGAGGAUCAAGAUUUGUAUGGAGAGGAGUUAGAAGGAGCAGACGAAAGGAGGGUUGGAGAGCUCAGGGGCGUGCUUCACCAGGAGCAGCAGCAGGCAGCAUCAGCUGGGGCUGAUGGGCCAGGCACAGAGCGAGGGGAAGCAGGUGCUGGUACGACGACCAGCUACAGCACGAGCAGCAGCAGCAGCAUGAUGAGCAGCAGCAGCAGCAUGAUCACUACAGGAAGCACGGGAGUAGAGUGUGAUUCGCCUGGCAGCAGCAACGGCAGCAGCUUGGUGCGUGGGGCAGCGUGGAGGGAGGAGGCAGUCACGUGGCGCACCGAGGAAGAGGAGGAGGACUCUGAUUAUAGCUCUGGCUCCGAUGGUCUCGUGGGGCUGAACGGGGGAGCGGGAGGAAAAGGGGGCGGUGUGAGGGAGUUUGAAGGUGUGGCGAUGGCUCAAGAGCAGUACGAACGGUGGGAGGAGAAGGAGAAGCAGGUGGAGAGGAGGAGGCAGAGGAGGAAGAGGGAGAGGAGCGAAGCGCAGGCAGAGCUGAGGAGGCAGGCACUGGGCAUAGGGGGGGGAGGGGACGCUGCCACACAGCUUUCUCCGCACACUGAACCGCUCAGGCUGAGACUCAGCCGACCAGAUGCGGUGUCAGAGAGCGAGGGGGAGUGA